AACUUUGAGAGCUUUAAGUGCAGUUGCUGUGGCCAGCGAAAGACAAGAGAAAAUGGCCACAGCCGCUACGGACCAGAGCACUUCUGCUCCACGGCCGAGGGCCGCUCGGUGGAGGACUGGCUGGCAGAGAAAAGAAGCCAGGACCCCAAAAAGACUGGAGCCACCCAGCCUGCCGCCACCCAGCCUGCCAUCCGACCUGCCCCACGGCCUGCCCCCCGGGCAACUCAAACAAAGACCGCCAGGAGGCAGCUUACUGACAUGCUGUUGGCCCUAAGUGGCCUUUUCCAGGGGCUUAGCGGGCGAGGCAGCCAUUGUCAGGCCCCCCAUUGUCUUUCGCACCUCCUCGUCUGCAUGCUAAUACACAGAGAGCUGCAGCACAACCCACCUGAAGGUUUUGGUUUUCUUUGGAGAACUUUAUCAGGAUGAAAGCACUGAGGAAGCGCAAGAACCUGGAACACAAAGAGGAAAAAAAACAAGAGUCUGUGGAUUACAGGAGCAAUUCAGAGAGGUCCUUGGACAAGGAUUUCCAGCCAGGUCCGGGUGAGGAGGACAGCAGCAGCAGCAGCAGCAGCAGCAGUCAGCAGCCGCCGAAGACAGCACUUGAGCCCUCCGCCGCAUCUACCUCCACAAGCAGAAAACCCACCCGGGUUACCGUGUACAGGAGGAAGCAGAAGGAGGAGAAGGAUGGGGAGGUCCUGUCCAAGUCAAAGGCAGAGGGGAGCACACACUGGGAGUGCACCACCUGCGGUGGCCCGAGACGGCUGGACGUCUAUUACAAAGGGGAGUUAUUCUGCUCGAUGACAGCGGGGCCCAGUGGAAAGAUGGCACAGCAGUGGCUGGAGGAGCGCAAGGCCAGCACAAUACCACGGACAACCCUGUGGAGGAGGAUGAAGGAGGAGGAGGACAGUGAGCCACCUGAGGGCAAAAAAAAGAGGAAAACUCACAAACUGAGAACCUGCCAGAAAUGCAGCCAGCCAGCCCUAAAAGACUUUGGCCACAGCCAGCACCACAGCAAAGGCAAGAAAGAGCACUUCUGCGCUCAGUUCUACCGGCAAAACGGUAGAACUGUGGUUGGCAGAAAGGAGAGCCAGGGAGUAGAAGAACGAGGAGGAGGAGGAGGAGAAGAAGAAGGAGUGAAGAGCUUUAAGAUUGUACAUUUAGCGUAGUUUUCAAAUAUUUCUUAGGUAGUUUGUAUUGCAUAUAGGAUUGUUUGUAGAUUUAGUUUGCGCUUGUUUUUGAAAAUGUAAAUAAAAAGGUUUUUUU